AUGGAAGCUUCCAAAGUAAAGUACUUGGAAAAUGGAGGAAAGGUUCUCUUCCCCUCAGAUCCACCAGAGACACAUGUGACCCAUCACCCCAGAUCUCAAGGUGAUGUCACACUCAGGUGCUGGGCCCUGGGCUUCUACCCUGCUGACAUCACCCUGACCUGGAAGAGAGAUGAGGAGGAGCAGACACAGGAAAUGGAACUGGUGGAGACCAGACCUGCAGGGGAUGGAAGCUUCCAGAAGUGGGCAGCUGUGGUGGUGCCUUUUGGAGAGGAGAUGAAAUACACAUGCCAUGUGCACCAUGAGGGUCUGCCUGAGCCCCUCACCCUGAGAUGGGAGCCUCCUCAGUCCUUCCCCAUCAUGACCAUUGUUGGUGCUGUCCUUGGAGCUGUGGUGAUCUUAGGUUUUAUCAUUGGAGGUGUUAUGAUGUGGAUGAGGAAGAACAGAGUCAACCUCCCUAAUUCAGCAAACAGGAUAGGACAUCUCCAUCCAAUCAGCUCCACGCUGCCCUGA